CUGAACCGAACCUAACUUCCUUCGGCCCGACUGAUACAGCAUACCAUACCAAAUCAGCAAAUCUCCUGAUCGCAAUCAAUCGAAUUAUACUACUGUUUACAGAGUUUCUGGGGUUAUGCCAUAUACUACUCGCCCACAAGCAGCAAAGAAACCUGGAAAACUGGAGACACUUUCCUCCGUUGCGAACAGACGGAACUAAUGGGAAACCCAAUUUGCUUCGAUUGCCUGCAGAAGCAAAUCAGAGAGGACCUGUCGGAGCAGCUCAUCUUUUGCUAUGGCCUCUCCGAUUCGCAUCUACCCUUUGGGUCCGGUGCCGUUGUUCGGCUCGCAAGUUCAGGCACAGAAUCAUCACCUGAGUUUGUAGUCAAAUAUGUGCCGUACCAAAAAGGCAAUUGCUUGGCCAAAUUCAUUGAUGAGCAUUGUCCUCAAGAUCUUGAAUUGGGCAAACACAAUGCAAUUCCCAUAGAAAAAGAUACAGAUCAAGCAGAGGUUAGAAUUGGACUUUCCGCUGACAAAUCAUCUUCAUCAGAUAAUAACACAUCAAAUGAAAUCCAGGGUAUGUUGAAAGGUUGCAGAAAUACAUCCCUGUAUGGAUUAGAGUGUGUAAAGUUUCCCUGCAAAUUUUCUGGUAGGUUUUCUUGUUUCAGGAUUCUCACUGCCCUGGUUCCAGCUGCUCGCAUUUGUGUUUCUUCCAACACAUUGUUUGAAGAUAUUGUUUCCCACUUCUUGUCUGGGUCUCUUGAAGACCAUAUUUUGUAUUCUCUUACUCGUCUGAUAGACGGUAAAGCUACUGGACGAGAUUGUGUGAACUUUCUUAGUCUUCUUGGGAUACCUUCAUUCAGUGAGAGUACCUUUCCUGGUUGCCUAAGGCAUCCCAACUUAUCACCAGUUUUGGGACUACUAAAGACAUCAAGUCAUAUAAGUUUGGUGCUUCCAAAAACUAGUCAUUCCUUGGAAAAUGCCAUAAAUUACAGCCCAGACGCUUUUAAAUCUGAUUGGCAUAUAAAAUUUUUGAUCUACCAAUUACUUUCUGUACUCUCUUACAUGCAUAGUUUAGGGGUUGCCCACGGCAAUCUCUCUCCAUCUUGCAUAUCAUUGUCUGACUUCUCAUGGUGCUGGCUGCAAAUUGCGGAUAAAUUUCUCUUACAUUCUUCUUCAAGCUCAACAGUUGAGGCAUGCACAUCCCUUUCAAAUAGCUGUUAUGACUUAUGCUUUUCACGUGGACUUCAUGCUGAUUUGAGGCUUUCCCAUUAUAAAGAUUGGCAUUCAAGCUUCUAUAGAUGGUGGAGGGGUGAACUUAGUAACUUUGAGUAUCUCCUAAUCUUGAACAGAUUAGCUGGGAGAAGAUGGGGUGAUCAUGCAUUUUAUACUGUCAUGCCAUGGGUAGUUGAUUUCAGUGUAGACCCGGAUGAGAAUAAUGAUGCUGGAUGGCGAGAUCUGAGUAAGAGUAAGUGGCGGCUCGCAAAGGGUGAUGAACAGUUGGACUUUACAUAUUCAACAUCUGAAACCCCACACCACGUGUCAGAUGAGUGCUUGUCUGAACUGGCUGUCUGCAGUUACAAGGCAAGGAGAUUACCUUUAAGUGUUCUGCGAAUGGCUGUUCGUUCAGUUUAUGAACCAAAUGAGUAUCCUUCAAACAUGCAAAGACUUUUUCAAUGGACACCUGAUGAGUGCAUUCCAGAAUUUUACUGUGAUCCACAAAUCUUUCAUUCCAUUCAUCCUGGUAUGUCUGAUUUGGCAGUACCUUCGUGGGCAGGUACUCCUGAGAAUUUCAUCAAGUUGCACAGGAAUGCUUUAGAAAGUAAUAGAGUUUCACGCCAAAUUCAUAAUUGGAUUGAUAUUACCUUUGGCUACAAAAUGUCUGGCUCAGCUGCUGUAGCGGCUAAGAAUGUGAUGUUACCUGCAUCAACACACACAAUACCAAGGUCAAUGGGGCGACGUCAACUUUUUUCCCAACCACAUCCUCACCGACGUGUUAAUAACAUACGAACUUGUGACCUGGCAUAUGGUUCAAAUAUGUGCGAGAAGCCUGUAAGUGAUGUGGCAGGGGGAGCUUCAUUUUUGCAAGAACUGGAGGAUAUGGCUUCAUUCAGUGAGCAUUCAAGGGUGUUAAGCCCCCUCUAUUACCCACACUUAAAUGAUGCUAUAGAAACUGACUGCUCCGUACUGAAGCACUCAACUGAGAGUCCAUCAUACAUGAAUUCCAGGCCAGAUGACCAUACUAGCAAAUUCAUCAUGCCUCAAAUUACUGAUAUCAAUUACCUUCUUAAGAAAAUUGAAGUUGGUGAUGACACAUCUGUGGGAUACCAAGAGUUACUUCUAUGGAGACAAAAAUCUACUUGUUCAAAUACUACCAAGGACGCUUCAGAUGACAUAUUUGCAGUUGGUUGCAUCUUAGCAGAACUGCACCUGAGAAGACCACUCUUUGAUCCAACCUCAUUGGGUGCGUACUUGGAGAGUGGUUGCUUUCCUAUACUGAUGCAGGAACUCCCCCCUGAAACUCGUGUAUUUAUUGAAGCUUGUAUUCAAAAGGAAUGGAGGAGGUAUUUUUUCUUCAUUGGUUCCAUGUUCCAAAAGCUUAAUAGUGUGUAUAAAGGAUAUAUGGAGUCUUAAUGAGUGUCUACCUCUUCACGCAAUCAGGAGGCCUUCUGCAAAGUGUCUUUUGGAAUCUCCAUAUUUCCCCCCAACUAUCAUGGCCUCCUACAUGUUUCUUGCACCCCUUCAGCUUCUAGCAACAGAUGAAUCACGUUUACGUUAUGCAUCAACUUUCGCAAUACAUGGAGCCUUUAAAGCAAUGGGUCCUUUUGCUUCUGAAAUGUGUGCUCCCAACUGUUUGAAGUUACUGACGAAUCCGUUAACAGACGAUGAAGCUGAAUGGGGUUAUAUAAUACUCACUGAACUUUUGAGGUGUCUGGAUCCAAUAGCAAUAAAGAAGUUACUUAUACCUGCUAUCCAGAAGAUUCUACAGGCUGUCGGUCCUUCGCACUUGAAGGUUUCUAUUCUUCAAGUCUCAUUUGUGCAGGAAAUUUGGGACAGAAUUGGGAAGCAAGUAUAUUUGGAGAAGUUACAUCCUUUAGUGAUAUCAAACUUGUCCGGAAAUCCCCAGAAGGCUUCUGCUGCAUCUGCCUCAGCUCUACUAAUAAGUUCUAGUGAAGAGCUCGGCGUACCAAUUACAGUUCAUCAGACCAUUAUGCCUCUCAUUAACUGUUUCGGCAAAGGGAUUUGUGAGAAUGGAACUGACGUCGUGGUUAGAAUUGGUUGUCUUAGUGGAGAAAAUUUUAUCGUCAAACAGAUUCUUCCAUUACUAAGAAACACCAUCCAUUGUUGCAUUGAUAAUUCACAUGUGAAUAAGCCUGAACCAAUCCAGAGUUGGAGUGCUUUAGCUCUAAUGGAUUGCCUCACCACUUUAGAUGGUCUGAUUCCAUUUUUGGGAAAGGACACGAUUGUUAAAGAGCUCAUUGAAGAUGGAAAAUGCCUAUAUCUUCAGAUUCUCUUGCAGGGAAAUAUGUGUACUCAGGUGCUUGAGGUCACAUCAAGAAGCUUCAUUGCAGUUUCUCAACAAAUUGGACCCCAUUUAACUGCAUUGCAUGUCCUUCCAACACUCAAAGAGUUAUUUGAUGACCUUGCUUUCUCCCAGGAGAAGAUAUAUUAUUCUGAAAGUGAGAGAGAAAAACUAAAAGAAUCCAUGGUACAGAUAGGAGAAGACACUAAUAAGGGAAUCUGCCUUGACAUUGUGUCGGUUCUGUAUCCAUCUUUUGCUUCUAUUGUGGGUAUUGAGAAACUCCGCCAAUGCUGUACUACAUGGUUGAUAAUAGAACAGUCUCUUUUACGGAAUUAUAAUUGGAAGUGGGAAUCCGGCUUGGAGGCUGCUCGAAGUUGUGCAGAAAGUACAUAUGCGAGACAACCAACUAUUGGCGAUGUAUCUGAUUACACCCCUGCUAAAGUUCUGCUUAAUGGGGCUGGGUGGUCAACACCGCAAUCACAAGGGCAUAGAAGUGUGAAAAACUUAGUUCCAAACAAAAUUCUGUCUCAUCAUCAUCACAGCUCUGGAGAGAGGCAUACCCGGAGCUUUGAUUUUGGUACUCUUGAACCUUGGCAUUGGUUCCCUGGUCCAACGGCUAGCUCCUGGAGGCCCGAUCUAAGUGGCCGCCAUGGAAGCCCAAAAGAUGAAAUUCCAUGGAAAAUCAGAGCAUCAAUUCUCCAUUCUGUUCGAGCACAUCAUGGUGCGCUAAGAUCUAUAGCAGUUUGCCAAGACGAAUGCAGAAUUUUUACAGCAGGAGUUGCUGCAGGUUUCAAAGGAACAGUUCAGAAGUGGGAGCUUUCGAGGGUGGAUCCUGUUUCUGGCUACUAUGGCCAUGAAGAGGUUGUGAAUGAUAUUUGUAUAUUGACGUCUUCCGGUAGAGUAGCUUCUUGUGAUGGGACUGUACAUGUUUGGAAUGGACAAACCGGGAAAUUGGCUUCGGUUUUUUCUGAAUUCUCAAACUCAAAGGAUCUUAAAAGGCCUCCAUCAAAUGCGUCAAAGUCAAAUCUAGAUCAGGCAAACACUCUCCAUUUCAACCCAUUAUCAAGUGGAAUAUUAAACACUGCCUUUGAUGGUAGUUUGUACUCCAGUAUGCAUUACUUGGAAUUACUUAAUAUUCUUGCAGUGGGUACUGGGAAUGGUUCUCUUCGAUUCAUUGAUGUCAGCCAAGGUCAAAAGCUUCACCUUUGGAGAAGUGAGGCUAUUGAGUCCAACUUUCCUUCCCUAACUUCAUCCAUAUGUGCAUGUGGUUCUAAUGAAAGUCAAGUUGAUGGAACAACUAACUUCCCAUCCUGGAUUGCAGCAGGACAAAGUUCUGGUCAUUGUAGGUUGUUUGAUCUGAGGAGUGGUAAUAUUAUUGCCUCGUGGCAGGCCCAUGAUGGAUUUGUGACAAAGUUAGCUUCACCAGAGGCACAUUUACUUGUUUCAAGCUCCCUUGACCGGACCUUAAAAAUUUGGGAUUUGAGAAGGAACUGGACAUCUACACCUUUGAUUUUUAGAGGUCACAGUGAUGGUGUAUCCAAUUUCUCAAUUUGGGGACAAGAUGUGAUCUCAAUAUCCAGAAAUAGGAUUGGGCUAUCUUCUUUAGCCAGCUUUGCAGUUGAAGAUGAGAGACAUGCAAUUACUCCUCAGUAUCUAUACAUGGGAGAUGGGGAAUCUAGAAACAUGUCUGUGUUGUCGAGCAUAAGCAUUCUGCCCUUCUCCCGGCUCUUUAUGGUGGGUACAGAAGAUGGUCAUUUGAAAAUCUGUUGCUAGGUUGGCAUAUCAUUUGCCAUUUAAUAGAAAUAUAUGAGUCAAGCCACAUUUCUUCAAUCACAGGUGGCAGAUAUCUAUUAAUAAUAUCAACUGUAUAAUUGCUUGUGUGGUAUGAUAUAAAACCAAACCAGAAGUAAUCUGUAAUUAGAUUACUUUAGCAUACACAUAAUAGUUUGUAUUACAUGUCAGUGACAGAGCUAGAGUUUUUUCGAAGCGGGGGCAUACUGAAGGCUAAGAAUUUUGUGGGUUUGUUCAAAAUAUAAUAAAAACAAUAAAGGCGUAACACAUUAGCACAAAUUAGUUCAUAACAUACUGCUUCAGUCAUAUCUUAAUCUCGGUAGAUCAAAUAUGGGAGUUUCAAUUUGUUCAAAAUGUUGUAUAAUAACUUUAUGUUGGAAAACCACGAUAUCCAUCCUUUUCCAAGAUCACGAGCUCAUA